AUGGCGUUUAGCAGGAAACAUUGUUUUCUCAUUUUGGGUGUAAAUUAAAUAAAUAAAGAUUGUUUAAGUGCAUCGGCGGCUUUAAUUUUCAUCCCACAACUUUUGGGGGCUCGUCCGGGAUGAGAAUAAGCCAAAGGUGCUGAAGAUGGUGUAAAUAGAUGUAAAUAGUUAUAAAUAAGGGGGCGUGUUGGUGAAGGAUUUCACACACGGCAAAGAUGGCGGCGCGCACUAAAGCGAAAUUAUGGUGAAAAUUCAAAAUUAAUAAAGUUGAAAUAAAUAAAGGUGAACAAAUAAAAAUAAAGAAGGUGAUAAUGAUGUAAAUACAGUGAAGGUGAAAAAAAGGGUGUAAAAUUAAUUACUAAGACGACAUGAUGAUGACGGCGGCCCAACCCUCGUUGGUCAGCAUUGAGGCGACAAUCCCACGGUUCACGGGAGCGGACCCGACGUACCCGGCGGCAAGGUGGGUGGAGGAGAUCAGUGACAAUGCGGAGGUGUUCGGCUGGUCACCUUCACAGAAGCUGCUGAUGGCGCGAAGGGCACUGACUGGGGUGGCAGGUCUGUGGCUCCGCAGUGAAAAGAUGUUUAAGAGUUUCGACGAGCUGCAGCGGGCUCUGCUGGAGGAGUUUCCCUACGAUGCCAACCCGAAGGUGAUCCACGAGCUCAUGACAAACCGUAAGAAGAAGCAUGAUGAGAGUUGUUAUGAGUACAUGCUGGUGAUGAAGGAACUGGGGAAGCGCGGUGGAUUUGAAGACUAUGUGGCCAUCCAAUAUAUAGUUGAUGGUAUCGAAGACUGCGUGAUACACAAGGUCAUGCUAUAUGGUGUCUCGACGUAUCCGGACCUGAAGGAAAAACUGAAGAUUUACGAAUACAUGAAAAGUAAAAUGGCCGCAUCAGCGAAGGAGACGAUUCAGACGAGUGAUCCAAGACGACAAAAACAGAAGACUAUCGAGUAUGAAAGCACUGUGGCGACUCCAAGCGGCAUAAAAGGUAAACGACCGAUGGAGAUGUCGGCAAAGCAGCCCUCGAUGUUCGAAGUCAGGAUGGACGAGGCGAAUGAUUAUUCGAAAGAAAAGGAAGUGCUAUCCAUAAAGACGAAAGAGAUCGAAUACAACAAGAAAAACAAAUGUCAACGUCAAUGUCAAACUUUUGUAAAUAAACAAGUUUUAGAAAAUAAAAAAGAGGAACUUUGCAAAGAGGCGCCAAUCGAGCUAAAGUGUAUUAAGGAGGAAAAUAUUGAUAAACAAAAAGUUGAAAAGGUGGUUGGAAAAGAGAGUUGUCCAGGUGAAUUUGCUAAGAAGAAGGAUGGCAUAAAAAGGAGAUAUAUCGAUAAUAAGAAGGCGUUUAAAAGAAGAUGUGUAGAAAAAGAUACACAGUACCAAGAUGGUUUGAUGGAUAAUGAAAUAUGUUACAAAAUAAAUAAGGAGAAAACUAUGGAGAAAGAAAUCGUGAAGAGGGUAUACAAGAAUGGUAAUUUCUCUGAAAGGAUUAUAAAAGAAGAAAGGAAGAAAGAUUACCAUGUACUACGCUGAGUACAUGAAGCCAUUGCCUAGAUGGGACACUGAGGAAGGUGUAGGUGAUUUUUAUAAGGUUUUAUUUGUAUGAUGAUGAUGAUGAUGAUGAAUGUGUGACGAAGGAUGAGUGUGUUUUAAUUACGGUGGCAUUUUUAUUUCAAUAGAAGUUAAGUUGUUUAUGUAGGUAUAUUUGUUUGUUACAUGAAGUGUAUAUUGUAGUUUUAAUGUGUUAAGAAGUCACUAGAAGUUUCAGGAUUAGUUGUUUUUGUUGUUUUCUAAAUGAUGUUUUAAGGUAGAGUCAGUAAAGAUUUAUGUUAUUUGUUUUUCAUAGUCUGAGGGCAGACUAUCUGCAGGAUGGCCGGGUUGUAGGAGUAGGAGUAUUCACUAUGGUUAUUAUUCACUAUGGUCGGCUUCCUUUUAUGAAUGGGUCUCUUGUAAAUAUGGCGUUUAGCAGGAAACAUUGUUUUCUCAUUUUGGGUGUAAAUUAAAUAAAUAAAGAUUGUUUAAGUGCAUCGGCGGCUUUAAUUU